AUGGCUAAAGAAAAUCAUUCCUUGAGAGCUGAGUUUAUCCUCACAGGAUUUAUGAAUCAUCCAGAGCUGAAUUCCCUUCUGUUUGUGGUGUUCUUUGCCAUCUAUCUGAUCACCAUGGUGGGGAAUAUUGGUUUGGUGGCACUGAUCUAUAUGGAACAUCACCUUCACACACCUAUGUACAUGUUUCUGGGGAACCUUGCUUUUAUGGAUUCCUGCUGUUCCUGUGCUAUCAUCCCCAAGAUGUUAGAAAACUUCUUCUCUGAGGACAGAAUGAUUUCCCUUAAUGAAUGUAUGGCACAAUUUUAUUUUCUCUGCCUUGCUGAAACAGCAGACUGCUUUCUUCUGGCAGCAAUGGCCUAUGAUCGGUAUGUGGCAAUAUGCAGCCCACUGCAGUACCACACCAGGAUGUCAAAGAAACUCUGCAUUCAGAUGACCACAGGGGCCUACAUAGCUGGAAACUUGCAUUCUAUGAUUCAAGUAGGGUUUCUGUUUAGGUUAACUUUCUGCAGAUCUCAUGAAAUCAAUCACUUUUUUUGUGAUGUUCUUCCAUUGUACAGACUCUCCUGUUCUGACCCUUACAUCAAUGAACUAAUGAUAUAUAUUUUUUCAAUGCCAAUUCAAAUAUUCACCAUCGCCACUGUCUUGAUCUCUUAUCUCUGCAUUCUUUUCACAGUUUUCAGAAUGAAAUCCAAAAAGGGGAGAGGUAAAGCAUUUUCUACCUGUGCAUCCCACUUUCUCUCUGUCUCAAUAUUCUACAUUUGUCUUCUCAUGUAUAUUCGACCAUUAGAAGAAGGAGAUAAAGAUAUACCAGUAGCAAUUUUUUAUACACUAGUGAUUCCUUUAUUGAAUCCUUUUAUUUAUAGUCUGAGAAAUAAGGAAGUGAUAAAUGUUCUGAAAAAAAUUAUGAAGAAAUAUAAUAUUCUUAAUCAAAGUUCAUCCUCUAUGGCUAGUUGA